CCCGUUUUCAUAUACUUGCUACUGAAGUGAGCACUGUGCUUCCCCAGCAGCCAGCCCUUGGUUGUCACUAGCUCUCCCCAAGGCCUGGCCCCUCUGCCCCUCUGCCCCCUUCCCAGCACCAGGAUGGUGGAGGCUGGCUUCAGGGGCUGGCUGCUCUGGGUCCUGCUCCUGCACUCGGCCCAGGGCAAGCUGUACACACCCAUCCACCAGCCCAACUACUGUGCUUUCUACGGCGAGUGUGGGAAGAACCCGGAACUGUCGGGCGGCCUUGCCCCCCUGUCCAACGUGUCCUGCCUGUCCAAUACGCCCGCCCGCAAUGUCACAGGUGACCACCUGGCCCUGCUGCAGCGUGUCUGUCCCCGGCUCUACAGUGGCCCUGACACCACCCGAGCUUGCUGCUCCCCCAAGCAGCUGGUGGCCCUGGAGGCAAGCCUGGCAAUCACCAAGGCCCUCCUCACCCGCUGCCCCGCGUGCUCUGACAACUUUGUGAGCCUGCACUGCCAUAACACCUGCAGCCCUGACCAGAGCCUCUUCAUCAACGUGACCCGGGUGGUGGGGCGGGAUGGCGGGCAACUGGCCGUAGUGGCCUACGAGGCCUUCUAUGAGUGCAACUUUGCCCAGCAGACCUACAACUCCUGCAGCCGUGUGCGCAUUCCCGCGGCAGCCUCGCUGGCUGUGGGUGCCAUGUGCGGCAUCUACGGCUCUGCCCUCUGCAAUGCCCAGCGCUGGCUCAAUUUCCAGGGGGACACGGGGAAUGGCCUGGCACCCCUGGACAUAACCUUCCAUCUGUGGGAGGCUGGCCAGACCCCAGGGAGGGGGCUUCAGCCUCUGAAUGCGAAACUCACACACUGUAAUGAGUCCCAGGGGGACAGUGGGGCAGCCUGCUCAUGCCAGGACUGUGCUGCCUCCUGCCCUGCCAUUGCCCAGCCCCAGGCCCUGGACGCCACCUUCCUCAUUGGCCAAAUGGCAGGCGGGCUUGUCCUCAUCAUCAUUCUCUGCUUGGUUUUCACUGUGCUCACGGCCUUCCUGGUGUGGCCCCGCCUGGCCUCCUGCCGUAGCAAGGGCAAGGUGUCAGGCCCCCCAGCAGGUGCCAGCUUCUCCAGCGGGCUCGGUCGCUCCACGCACACCCUCCUUAGCCGUGGCUUCCAGAGCUGGGGCACGUGGGUGGCCUCAUGGCCGUGGAUUGUCCUGGUGGUGUCCGUUGCUGUGGUGGUAGCCUUGGCAGGGGGCCUGGCCUUCAUGGAGCUGACCACAGACCCUGUAGAGCUGUGGUCAGCCCCCAGCAGCCAGGCCCGGAGUGAGAAGGCCUUCCAUGACCAGCAUUUUGGCCCAUUCCUAAGAACCAGCCAAGCGAUCCUUACAGCUCCCAACCGGUCCAGAUACAAGUACGAUUCCCUGCUGCUGGGCCCCAAGAACUUCAGUGGAGUGCUGGCCCCUGACCUGCUGCUGGAGCUUCUGGGGCUGCAGGAGAGACUUCGGCACCUGCAGGUGUGGUCCCCACAGGAGCAGCGCAACAUCUCUCUGUCGGACAUCUGCUUUGCGCCCCUCAACCCUCACAAUGCCAGCCUCUCUGACUGCUGCAUCAACAGCCUCCUGCAGUAUUUCCAGAACAAUCGCACACUCCUGCUGCUCAAGGCCAACCAGACGCUGAUGGGGCAGACCGCCCAGGUGGACUGGAAGGACCACUUUCUCUACUGUGCCAACGCCCCCCUCACCUUCAAGGAUGGCACAGCCCUGGCCCUGAGCUGCAUGGCUGACUAUGGAGGCCCGGUCUUCCCAUUCCUUGCUGUGGGAGGCUACAAAGGGAAGGACUACUCCGAGGCAGAAGCCCUGAUCAUGACCUUUUCCCUCAAUAAUUACCUGCCCGGGGACCCCCGGCUGGCUCAGGUGAAGCUCUGGGAGGGGGCCUUCGUGGAGGAGAUGCGAGCUUUCCAGCGUCAGGUGGCCGGCAAGUUCCAGGUCACAUUCAUGGCAGAGCGGUCCCUGGAGGACGAGAUCAACCGCACCACCGCCCAGGACCUGCCCACCUUCGCCAUCAGCUACCUGGUCAUCUUCCUGUACAUCUCCCUAGCCCUGGGCAGCUACUCGGGCUGGCGCCGAGUGCUGGUGGACUCCAAGGCCACGCUGGGCCUGGGCGGGGUGGCUGUGGUGCUGGGAGCCGUCGUGGCCGCCAUGGGCUUCUUCUCCUACCUGGGCGUCCCUUCCUCCCUGGUGGUUCUUCAAGUGGUGCCUUUCCUGGUGCUGGCCGUGGGGGCCGACAACAUCUUCAUCUUUGUUCUGGAGUACCAGAGGUUGCCACGGAGGCCUGGGGAGCAGCGGGAGGCGCACAUUGGCCGAGCCCUGGGCAGGGUGGCACCCAGCAUGCUGCUGUGCAGCCUCUCUGAGGCCACCUGCUUCUUCCUAGGGGCCCUGACCCCCAUGCCAGCUGUGCGCACCUUCGCCCUGACGUCCGGCUGCGCCCUAAUCCUGGACUUUCUGCUGCAGAUGUCGGCCUUUGUGGCCCUGCUUUCUCUUGACAGCAGGAGGCAGGAGGCCUCCCGUCUGGACAUCUGCUGCUGCCUCAGCUCCCACGAGCUGCCCCCACCCCGCCAAAGCGAAGGGCUCCUGCUCAGAUUCUUUCGCAAGGUCUACGCCCCACUCCUGCUUCACAGGGUCACCCGUGUGGUUGUGCUGCUGCUGUUCGUGGCCCUGUUCGGAGUGGGUCUCUAUUUCAUGUGCCAAAUCAGUGUGGGACUGGACCAGGAGCUGGCUCUGCCCAAGGACUCAUACCUGCUUGACUAUUUCAUCUUUCUGAACCGCUACUUUGAGGUGGGGGCCCCAGUGUACUUUGUCACCACUGGGGGCUACAACUUCUCCAGUGAGAUGGGUAUGAAUGCCAUCUGCUCCAGUGCAGGCUGUGACAGCUUCUCUUUAACCCAGAAGAUCCAGUAUGCCACCGAGUUCCCCGACCAGUCUUACCUGGCCAUUCCUGCCUCCUCCUGGGUGGAUGACUUCAUUGACUGGCUGACCCCAUCCUCCUGCUGCCGCUUAUAUGCCUUUGGUGCCAAUAAAGACCAGUUCUGCCCCUCGACUGUCAACUCUGUGGCCUGCCUGAAGAACUGCAUGAGCUUCACCUUGGGCCCUGUACGGCCAUCAGUGCAGCAGUUCCACAAGUACCUGCCCUGGUUCCUCAACGACCCACCUAACAUCAAAUGUCCCAAAGGGGGCCUGGCAGCAUACAGCACCUCUGUGAACUUGGGCCCUGACGGCCAGAUUUUAGCCUCACGGUUCAUGGCGUACCACAAGCCCCUGAAGAACUCGCAGGAUUACACGGAGGCUCUGCGAGCAGCUCGUGCGCUGGCAACCAACAUCACUGCUCACCUGCGGGAGGUGCCGGGCACUGACCCGGCCUUCAAGGUUUUCCCCUACACGAUCACCAACGUGUUUUAUGAGCAGUACCUGACUGUGGCCCCUGAAGGCCUCUUUACGCUCAGCCUCUGCCUGGUGCCCACCUUUGCCGUCUGCUACCUCCUCCUGGGCAUGGACCUCCACUCUGGCCUCCUCAACCUGCUCUCCAUCAUCAUGAUCCUCGUGGACACAGUGGGCUUCAUGGCCCUGGGGGGUAUCAGCUACAAUGCUGUGUCCCUCAUCAACCUGGUCACGGCAGUGGGCAUUUCUGUGGAGUUCGUGUCUCACAUCACCCACUCCUUUGCCAUCAGCACCAAGCCCACCCGACUAGAGAGGGCUACAGAGGCCACUGUCUCCAUGGGCAGUGCGGUGUUUGCUGGUGUGGCCAUGACGAACCUGCCUGGCAUCCUCGUGCUGGGCCUAGCGAAGGCCCAGCUUAUCCAGAUCUUCUUCUUCCGCCUGAACCUCCUCAUCACUGGGCUGGGCCUGCUUCACGGGUUGGUCUUCCUGCCAGUCAUCCUCAGCUACCUGGGGCCCGAUGUCAAUGCAGCUCUAGUGCUGGAGCAGAAGUGGGAGGCAGAGGAGGUAGCGGUGGUGGCCAGAAGAGCCUCCUGCCCAAAGCACCUGGCCCCCAUGAGCUCAGCCAACCACUCACAUCAAUGGCAGUUUUGA